GGGCAGCUCAAACAAGUAGCUGGAGCCUUGAUGAAAAACCCACGCAUGCAGUCGGGCACCGGUAAACUGUGAGAAGAAUCCUUUGAUUUCUAAUGUUCCUACUGAAGGUCAUAGAAGGACUCUGCAGAAUCUCAAGGGGAUCUACACUUUGAUGCCAUUGGGAAAAGUAGUAUUUGAAAGAAAAACUUUUGGAGGAUCAGAACAAACUAAACUGAAGAGGAAAGUUCACUGAAGAUGAUGCACGUCGUCUUGCUCGUUUUAAGCGUCUGUCUAAGUGUGGGUUCAGACAGCAGCGCGGGCAAGAGACAAUAUCAGAUCCAAAACGGCCCAUGCAGCUAUACCUUUCUGCUCCCUGAGCAGGAGAACUGCCAAAACCCGAGCAACGGCUACAAUUAUCCAGUUCAAAAGGACGGGCCUGCAGACAAUGAAGAGUCAGCGCACAGGCUGGAACAGCUAGAGAUGGUCAUGGAGAACAACACACAGUGGUUGCUGAAGCUACAGAAUUACAUCCAGGAGAGCAUGAAGCAGGAUAUGGUCCAAAUACAACAGAGUGCAGUGCAAAAUCACACAGCUACAAUGAUUGAAAUAGGAACAAACCUGCUCAGUCAAACUGCAGAACAAACAAGGAAACUGACCAAUGUGGAGGCGCAGGUUAUUAAUCACACAACUCGACUUGAGCGGCAACUGCUUGAGAAUUCUUUGUCGACAAACAAACUGGAAAAACAAGUUAUUGUCCAAACCAAUGAAAUCAAUAAACUGAACGACAAAAACAAUUUGUUGGAAAAGAAAAUAAAGGAGUUGGAGGAGGAGAGGCAGGUCGAGCAGAAGAUGCUUCGACUGGAAAAAGACCAGCUUCAGAUCCUAAUAGAGAGGCAGACGGCCAUCAUUGGUGAGCUGGAGCAACAGCUGCUCAAGGUGUCAUCCAACAACAGUGCCCUUCAGCAUCAGCAACAAGAGCUUCUGGAGACUGUGAACCACCUCAUUCACACCUUCUCCACUGGCACAGCCCAAGAGACAAAAGCUGCCAUGAUGCAGGAUACUCCCUCCACAUUCAUGGACUGCGCUGCCGUCUUCAAGUCAGGAAACACAAAUAGUGGGGUCUAUACUCUCACUUUACCCAAUACUACAAUGGAGGUUAAGGCUUUUUGUGACAUGGAGACUGAGGCAGGUGGCUGGACAAUGCUACAAAAACGCUUUGAUGGCAGUGUUGACUUUCAUCGUACGUGGCAAGAGUACAAAAAGGGUUUUGGAGAUCCUUCAGGAGAAUUUUGGUUAGGAAAUGAAUUUGUAUCAAGGCUGACAAGUCAGCACUCCUACAGCCUAAGGAUCCAAUUGAGUGACUGGGAAGGGAACACGGCUUUUUCCCUGUAUGAUCAAUUCUCACUUGAUGGCGAAGGACAAAACUACAGGAUACACUUUAAAGGCUACAGUGGAACAGCAGGCAAAAUAAGCAGCAUCGGUCAGCCAGGAAGUGAUUUCAGUACAAAGGAUGCAGACAAUGACAAAUGUGUUUGCAAAUGCUCACAAUUGACAACAGGAGGUUGGUGGUUUGAUGCUUGUGGACCGUCCAAUUUAAAUGGCAUGUAUUACCAGCGAGGCCAAAACUCCAACCGCUUCAAUGGCAUUAAAUGGUACUACUGGAAGGGUUCAGGAUAUUCACUGAAGACCACAUCUAUAAUGAUUAGGCCAGCAGACUUCUAAGUUGAACCAUUUGAAUAGGCACUGAACAAGAUGGCGCCUAAGGCACCUCACGACAUUCCUGAGAGGACUAAUGGGGGAAAUACUAUUUGCUAAAAUCAACUCUUAAUGAUCCGAACCCAAAAUGAGAUGCGGCCGAACUGUUGGGGUGUUUUCUCACAUCAACUUUUGAAACCAGAGCCGGCUGACAGACAAGAAGACCAUACUGAACUUUUUUGAAUUUAUAAUUUCAUAUGCACCUUUGGGUAGUGGAGAGUGUUGCUGAAAGGCAGAAGUGCAGCCAAUGAAUGGGGCAAUUAUUACCCACAGCCUCUCAAAAGACUUCACCGUCUUCUCCAUUUCUCCUCCCAUUACCAUCAUAAUAUAACCACAGUGGCACAGGAAAUGCAUUUAUUCCUUGACAAUCACACACUAUUAUUCAUUAUUCAAUACACUUAAUAUAGUAUAACACAUGGGGCUCCUCAAAAUGCUUUGCAAUGAAAACACCAGGAGGUAGCGUUCUGGUGUGAGUCACCAACUGUUAUUUGUUGACAAUUGCCCAGUUCAGUUGCAUUUGGCGGCAUCGUCGCUGUGUGCGGCGGGCCAAACAUGAAAGAGAACUAAAUUAAAAUGGGGUUUAUUCAUUUUUUUCAAUUUGAAAUCACACUGUACGUUUAAUGUGUGGUUAAAGUGUACAUUUACUUAGUAAUAUAUACGUUGAUGUAAACUUAGCAGUGGUCAGUGUUUCAGCCAUGAACGCCAAUGACACUUCCUAGAAAUAGAGGCUGUGGUACAACAUGAACAUUGUAUGGUUUCUGUUGAAGUCUAAAAAGCUGAUUAGAUAUGUCCGUUAGGAUUACAUUUCCUUUGGUGAAUGUAUUCACUAGAGUACAUUAUAUGUUUUAUUUAUGUGCUGAAUUAUUUGAGGAUUUAUUCUACUCAUUCCGUUGCAUCACCACAUCACCUGAGUGUGAGCUGCUAGCCAACUAGCAUUUAUAUUGCACAUGACCAGUGCUUUGGGGAAAAUAUAUCUUUAUUUAUAUCAUGAUUCAUUUGAAUCUCUCGCUCGCCCUCAAAACUGAGUUUUUAUGAUAAUGUACAUAUUUCAAGAUUGUGUCAAAAAAUGACGUUUGUAAGGUCACCUUUGGUAUUUCAAAUGUUAUUUCAUGAAGUCCAGAGGUUUGGCGUGGGUGUAGCUCAUGGAGAUAUACAGUACUUAUCACAGCAGAAAUGUCAACUACUUUUCAGUGGUGGAGGGGCUGCAUAGUUUAUCAGACCUACAAUUUGACGAAAAAGAAGACAUGCAUGUGGUUCUGCAAACAACACAAAUGUACAAUCUAUUGCGUCAGAAAUCUGCUGACAUUUGUCCUUGUCUAGAGUCUAUCGUUGCUCGCUGUGGCAGCAGAGGACAGUGACUCAUGAGUUCAGGAAGAGGCAACAUCCACAUUUCUCACAGGAUACUUCAGGAAAAACAAGCUGACUGAAAAUGGAUGGCUGGCAAUAGAAACUAGCAGGCAGCACAUGCAUUGACUUCCUCCGUCUUGCAUUUAUGAACAAUUGAAGUGCCAGUGAGGGGAGCAUCACAAAUGCUUUGGAUUGUGAAUAUGAGAAAUGACAGCAGAUGCUGUUCAGCGCAAAAUUAAUUUUCAACUGCAUUUGUCAGAAAGUACAGGAUAUAAAAGUUGAAUCUAAGUUAUGAUCGGAAAAACCUGAAGCUAUAGUAACUGAGAAAAUGUGAAUCGAGAGAUGCAACAGAAGCACAUGCAUAGCUAUUUUUCCAUUGCUUUAAUAUUUCAUACUUGUCCAUUUAACCAGUAGUAUGUUUCUGAUCUAGUAUACCUGGGGCCAUUCAGUAUCCACAAAGGAAAUGAACCAUGCACAUGGUUAAGAUUGUUUGACAAGUUGGUUAAUGUCUGAAUUCUAUUUGAAUGGUUUUUAUAUUUUAUUUUUAGGAUGUGUAAUUUUGUGUUUGAGUUCAUAUUGUCCCCUGAGGAUCUUUAUUUAUGUAGAGGAUGAAUAAAAAAUUAAUUCAAUUGUA